AUGCCUCGUCGCGAUCCUGACAGCUCUUCUGCAAGCCGGCGCAAAGGUGCAACACCCAAGCGUCGGCCUCCAGCCCCAACCGCGCCUGCUUCAACAUCACCGGCAGCACGGCUGAGCGGACCAUCAGGUGUAGCUCCCUCCCUGCAAAAGAGGAGGAGGUUUCGCCCUGGCACCCGAGCUCUGAUGGAAAUUCGCAAGUACCAGAAGAGCACAGACUUGCUUUUGCGCAAGGGACCGUUUGCGCGCCUGGUUCGGGAGGUGUGCCAGACGUAUAGCAGGGACUUCAUGAGAUGGCAGGUGUAUGCUCUUCUGGCAUUGCAGGAGGCUGCAGAGGCUUUCCUCGUUUUACUGUUUUCCGAUGCCUACCUGUGUACCAUCCACGCCAAGCGUGUAACGCUAUUCCCCCGUGACAUUCAGCUUGCCCGGCGAAUUCGAGGAGUGGAUCAUCUCUGA